CUCUCUCUCUCGCUCCCUCCCUCUCUCACUUUUUCUCUCACUCGCCCACUUAGUAUCAUUUCAUCUCUCUCUCCCUCUCUCUCUCACCACACUCUCAGUCGCUGAGCUCUAACGGAUGGGGAUACACCGCCAAGGAGGACUUAGGGGUGAGAAGAGUGUGUUUCUUCUCUUCUCUGGUGUGUUUUCGUUCUCUUCCGCCUGGCUUCCCUCAUGAGCUGUUAAUUCCAGCCCUGGUCCUGAGGAUGAGGAGGAUCUGUUUGUGAGGAAGACGCAACAAAGGAAGAGAGAACAAGGAGCAACAGGGUGGCAAAUUCUGCAAGCGGGAGUGAGCAAAAAGAUCUUUUCUUUUUCUCCAGGCUCAAGCAAGGAGCCCUGACUCUAAGAAGCAGCCAUGUGAGAGAAGCUGUCAGCGAGCAGAGGAUGCCCACGUCCAGCUAAAGCAGCCCCCCCCCCCCCUCCUGCUCCCUCCCUUCUUCCCACAUGAGGACAAGAAGAUGACUAUCUCCAGCCGGCAGUCCUUCAAUGUCCUGACGGUCAUCUUUCUCCUGCUGUCCACUGCAGCCCUCUCAGCUCAUUACCGAGUGUGUGAACCUUACUCUGACCACAAAGGGCGGUACCACUUUGGCUUUCACUGCCCACGCCUCUCAGACAACAAGACCUAUAUGUUCUGCUGCCACCACAACAACACCGCCUUCAAGUACUGCUGCAACGAGACUGAGUUCCAGUUGGUCAUGCAGGUCAACCUCACCACCACCUCUGAUGGUUAUGCACACAAUAAUUAUACAGCCCUGGUCGGUGUGUGGAUCUACGGCUUCUUUGUGAUGGUGCUGCUGGCUCUGGACUUUCUCUACUACUCAGCCAUAAACUACGAGCUGUGCCGGAUCUACCUGGAGAAAUGGGGUCUUGGAGGACGCUGGCUGAAGAAGGCUCGGAGUCAGUGGCACAGGUCCAUGCCAGAGGAGAGCGAAGCCCAGGCUCAAGCGCAGCCCAUGGUCCCCGCCCACUUCCAGCCCAGACACAGCCUCAGAGGGGAGAGCCACAGCCCUACGCUCCUGCCCUACAACACAUCCACCGCAUGAAUGAUGCUGUGAGUGGAUAAACAGAAGAGUAGCAACACCUGGUUUCCUUACAUGGUACAGAGGAGAUGUUCCCCAGUCACCCCUCUCUGGACCACAAACACAGCAUCACUGGUGGGCUAGCCAUACUGUAGUAGCUAGAAGUGACUACUGCCCCCUUUCUAAUGAGCACAAAAUACCCACAGACUAACAGAAUCAGGCGAAACAGCUGAAGAAAGCCUGGAAAGCCACACAGACGAAUGUAUCGCUGCUUCUACAGAAGGGAGAGAUGGAUGCAUUUAUCUGCUUAUAGGGUUUAACUGAUUCCCUAAAGUAUCUGCCAAGGCCUGGAGUACCCCAAACAAAUCCAAGAUGAACUGGAUAAACUGUACCCGCAAGUGAGAAAGCUUGCCUAUUUAAAGAAAAAAAAGGAGAAAAAAAGCUUAUUUCUAGAUAUAACAUGUUUAUUAAACUGCUGUGUCACUUUGUGUUCAGUAGCAGUUAGACACAGUUGUGGGUUAUCUAUUUGGUGAUUUAUUUAUGUGAACUAGUCAGAGAAAAUAUAUGAGUGGCUAACAAUCUGAUUAUGUAAUGGCUUAGGUUGAUGCUGAGCAUCUCACUUAGAGUAGAAUGUUUUUGUUACCUACUGAAACCAGACAAAAUGCCUCUGCAGCCACGGUGAAAAACAAACAUCUUAUACAAAAUGUUUUUGGUCUCCUUUCUGCAAAACAAGCGAUUUCUUGAAACAGUGUCGGAAAAGGACGUAAGGCCAUAAAAAUAAACUGCCAAAACUUCAAACAUGAGGGUUUUCCAUCUUCACACAAACAUUAAUGAGGAUCAGGGAUGCCUUCAUAACAGCCACAGUCUUUAUGCUAAUUUACACAUAUCCGUAUCCCUUGGCAAAGAGCCUAAAGACCUGAGUGAAACCCUUACUUAUCAAAUUACGAGUUUGUGACAGUUUUCUAUAACAUCACCCACUGACCUAUUUGACCUUCCUUGUUAUUAGGGCUGCCUGAGAUCAGCUUCAUUAGCAAUAUGACGCAAAAUAAUAUCCAUUAGUUUCUUUAUACGAAGUGCUCCAAAUUCCACAUUGGUAACAGGCAACUGUAAGUAACUAGCCAUAACAGAAAAUGUUUCCAAAAGAAGUAUCAGUAAACCCCUUUCACUGUCAGCAAUAAUGUACAGAAGCUUAACCAGAGGAUCACAUGGUAUGUAAAAAUCAGAGUCAGCUAAAUGAGCAAUGGGUAAUCACUGAGGUGUAUCACAGAAUUUUUGGCUCAGUUUGCAUUUAAUAAGAAGGUGAUGUCAAUUAAAUGGAGAUAUACUAUUUCUGGAUAAUGAACUCAUUUUUUUUUUGUCAGCUCUGUAAGAAAAAAGACAUGAUUAUCUCUUACUAAAAGAAACUCUUGCACACUUUUUACAUUAACACUCAGUGUAUUUCAUAGCAAAAACUGUCAAUUAUUAUUUCAAACCGCCACCAGUAUGGUAUUUAUUUAUUUAAAUCUUUGUUUUAUUUAUCCCUCAGAUCUAAAACCAGUGAAAUAAUUAUUUGAUCCCCUGCUGAAAUGAACAGUUUCUAAUUUUUAUAGUAGUUUCAUUUUAACAGAAUCUCAACCAAAAAUCCAUAAAACAAAGACACAUUAAAUAAAAGUUAAUAAAUUGAUUUGCACCUCAUUGAGUGAAAUAAGUAUUUCAUUUGUGCAAAACAUGACUUAGUGUUUGCUUUUGCACACAUCUCAGGAGGGAUUCUGGUCCACUCUUCUUUACAGAAACUAUAAAUCCUUUAAGGUUUCUUGGCUGCCAGUUUACAACUCUAAGUUCGUCUCCCUCCACAGAUUUUCUAGGAUUGAAAUCGGGAGAUUAGCUAGGCCACCACCUUAAGGGGCUUCUUCAGUAUGUUUUGGGUUACUGGACCCAUCCACAGUCUAUCUUCUGGCUCUUAAGUGGCCAGUGGACUGUUGUUGUUGCAUCCAUUGACCUCAGUGUGGUGAAGUCAUCCCGCACCCUUAGUGGAAACAAUGUUUCCACCUUUGUGCUUGACUGUGGGGAUGGUAAUGUUUGGGUCAUACUCAGCUUACAUACACAGGGGGUCAAGUUGAUGCCAAAGAGCUUGAUUUUGGUUUCAUCUGACCACAGCACUUUCUCCCAAGCCUUCUCUGAAUCAUUUAGAUGUUCACUGGCAAAGACGGACCUGUACAUGUGCCUUCUUGAGCAGGGAGACUUUGCGGGCACUGCGCGCUACCAAUGGUGUUUUUGAUGAUUGUGGUCCCAACUGCCUUCAGAUCAAUAACAAGCUCCUCCCGGGAAGUUUUGGGCUGAUUCACCACCUUUGACAUGAUUAUCCUCACUUCAUGAGACAAGAUCUUGCAUUGAGCUCGAGAUGGAGGGACAUGUUGUUCCGUGCACAUCUACAAUAUCGUCCUUGACAUUCUUGGACAUCUCUUUGGUCUUACCUAUGGUCACGGUGAGGUUGAAAUGGAAGAAACUGAUUGUGUGGACUCGUGUGCUGGGCACACAGCCAAUUUGUGGGAUCAAACAUUUAUUUCACUCAAAGGCAUGCAAAUAUAUUUAUAACUUUUAUGUGAUUUGUUUUUUUUCUGGAUUUUAAAUUCAGAAAGAAAUGAAUUCAGGAAAGGAGAAAAUAAUUAUUUCCCCUAUGUGUGGGAUUUUGGAUUGACAAAAAAGUGAAACAAUUAUUACACUGCUUCAGAGAUGGUUGCAACUAAAGAUUUGAUUUAAUUAUUGAUGAAUCUGCCUGUUGCUUUGUCAACAGAUGAAUGAAUCGCUUGGUUUGUGUUUCAGAGAAAAAAGUGGAAAAAAAUAAGUAAAUUUAGCAAUCAGUAUUUAAGAAUCACAGGAAGAUGGAAACUGAAGGAAGGAAGAUGAAAACUGGGGAAUGUUGGUCAUUUUUACAAAAUUAAUCAAUAAAUCAACUGGUUAUUAGAGUAGGAAAAAGUUGACUGUUUUACCUCUCAUAGUCUAGGUAAAGUUGUUACCCAAAGCUGCUGAGAUCUACUUUCUUGGCUAUCCAUAAAUGCUGUCCUUUGUGUUUGGGGAAAAGCAUGCAAAGCAGCUGCAGCGGUGCCAGUUUUUAUAUGAGUGACAGUGUGUGACGACCAGGUGGACAGAAGGUAGGUACA